CAGUCUCAGCGAUACUAGCGCUUCUACGGCGCAAAGCAUGGCACCUCUGCGCCCCAAAGAACCGGUCUCCACCGCUGCGCACCUCUGCGUUUUUCUGUUGACCGUCUCGGCCUGGAUGGCACUGCCGGGACCCGUGCGCUGUGACAGCGGGGCUUUAAACCGACGCGGCGGGGUGGACCGUUCGUUUGAUAUGGGCGGCGGAGACGGAGGCUCCCCGCCGGGCUUACAGAGGGACGGUGACGAGGAAGCCGACGGCUUGGAGAGCUCACCCCGCAUCAGGAGAGCACUGUCCCGGGAAAAACAAAUGUCCCUGCUCAGCAGCUCGUUCGUGCUCAAAGGGGAUGCGACCCACAACCAGGCGAUGGUCCACUGGACAGGAGAGAACAGCAGCGUCAUCCUGAUCCUGACCAAGUAUUACCACGCUGACUCCACCAAGGUGCUGGAGAGCUCUCUGUGGAGGUCCACUGACUAUGGCACCACCUACACCAAACUCAACCUGAUGCCAGGGACGACCAUCGUGGUGACCAGUUUCUACAUCUGCCCGACCAACAAGAAAAAGGUGGUGCUGGUGGGCUCAUCCAUAAACGAACGCGAUCAGAUGCUGUUUAUCAGCACGGAUGAAGGCUCCUCCUUCCAGCGACAGUCCAUCGCUUUCACCCCAGACACACUCAUCUUCCACCCCAAGGAAGAGGACAAGCUGCUUGCCUACUGCAAGGAGGGCAGGCUCUUUGCCUCCACCGACCUGGGCCGCAAGUGGACGUUGCUUCAGGAGCGGGUGACCAAGGACAGAGUCUUCUGGUCUGUGUCUGGUGUGGAUGUGGACCCUGAUCUGGUGCACAUGGAAAUGCAAGAUACCAGUGGAGGUUACCUGUACGUCACCUGUCUCAUCCAGAACUGUUCGGACAAAAUGGUGACGGCUCAGUUCCUCGGCAAAAUCGACCACAACUCGUUGUUGGUGCAGGACGACUACAUAUUUGUCAAGGUCACCACAGGAAAUCGCACCAAGCACUAUGUGUCCUAUCGGCGCAACGAGUUUGUCCAGAUGAGGUUUCCCAAGUACGCCUUGCCGAAGGAUGUUCAGAUAGUGAGCACCGACGAGAACCAGGUCUUCCUCGCCCUCCAGGAGUGGUACCAGUCAGACACAUAUAACCUGUACCAGUCGGACCCCCAGGGCGUCUACUACUCCAUCGUCCUGGAAAAUGUUCGCAGCACCAAGCAGCCGGAGGAGAAUGUCCUCAUUGACAUCCUGGAGGUACGUGGAAUCAAAGGUGUGUUCCUGGCCAAUCAGAAGACCGAAGGCAGAGUGACGACUCUCAUCACCUAUAACAAAGGACGAGACUGGGAACCCUUGGCCCCGCCUGCCACGGACAUGAAUGGGAAGCCGGUUAGCUGCAAAGCACCAGACUGUCACCUCCACCUGCACCUGCGAUGGGCGGACAACCCCUACGUGUCUGGGACUGUCCACACCAAAGACUCUGCUCCAGGUCUCAUUAUGGGUGCCGGUAACCUUGGCUCCAAGUUAGUCGAGUAUAAAGAAGAGAUGUACAUCACUUCAGACUGCGGGAAGACAUGGAGACAGGUUUUCGAGGAGGAGCAUCACAUCCUGUACCUGGACCACGGCGGGGUCAUUGUUGCCAUCAAGGACACGUCCAUUCCCCUUAAGAUACUCAAGUUCAGUAUCGAUGAGGGACGGACGUGGACCGUUCACAACUUCACCAGCACCUCUGUGUUCGUCGACGGGCUCCUGAGCGAGCCGGGAGACGAGACCCUGGUUAUGACUGUGUUUGGACACAUCAGCUACAGGUCAGACUGGGAGCUGGUCAAAGUGGACUUCAGGCAGUCUUUCCCCCGUCAGUGUACUGAGUCUGACUACGACUCGUGGCAGCUCACAGACCUGCAGGGGGAGAAGUGCAUUAUGGGUCAGGAGAGGAGUUUCAGGAGGAGGAAGGACACAGCGUUCUGCAUCAAAGGAAAGAGCUACACCUCUGCUCUCACCACCAAACCCUGUCAGUGCACAGAGAAAGACUUCAACUGUGACUACGGUUUUGAGCGCUCCCACGCCGACGGCAGCCGCUGCUUCGCUGACUUCUGGCACGAUCCGGACUCGCCACCUGAAGACUGCCACCUAGGACAAACCUACGAGUCCUCCACGGGCUACAGGAAGGUGAUAUCUAAUGCAUGUGAAGGGGGGCUAAACAGGCAGCAGAGCUCCAAACAGCACAACUGCCCUCUGCUGCCCCCUGAAGGACUACGGGUCGGCAUCAAAGGGCAGAUGCUGGCCGUGGCGCCUGGCGAUGACAUCACAUUCAUCGUCCACCAGGAACAGGGCGACACCAGCAGCACCAAGUACCAGGUGGACCUCGGAGACGGGGUUCGGGCCAUUUACCAGAACCUGACGGUGACAGAUGAACCCAUCCAGCAUCGCUACGAAAGACCAGGCGUUUACAAGGUCACAGUGAAGGCCGAGAACAUGGCAGGGCACGACGAGGCCACCAUGUACAUCCAGGUCACAGCUCCUCUACAAGAAGUGCACCUGGAAGUCGUCCCCAUCGCUGGGAGAAACCAUGAGGUCAAUCUGACAGCUGUAGUUCUUCCCACAGAGGCCAACCUGACUGUCUUCUACUGGUGGAUAGGAGACAACCUGCAGCCCACGCUGACUCUGAGGAACAGCCUUCUGACUCGUUUCCCUGAGACAGGAGAGGUCUCCGUCACCGUCCAAGCGUCCAACGGCCGAUCCAUGGUGCAGGACAGCAGGACUGUCCGAGUCUACGAUAACUUCCAGGUCAUCCCUCUGAGCUUCAGCAGGAACUUGGAUCACUUCAACCCAAACAUCCCAGAGUGGAGAGCAGACAUUGGCCAGGUGGUCACCAAAAUACUGGCUAAGAUCACAGGUGUCCCUCAGGAGUCCCUGGUUACGGUGGUGAAGCCGGGCCUCCCCACCACUGCCGACCUGUACGUUCUCCCACUGGACAGCAAACCCGCUAAGAGGAGCAUGUUUGUAGAUAAGCGUAUUCCAGCCAUCAUGCAGGCCUUCAAAGACAACAAUGUCAGCUUUGUGGUGCGUGGAGGUCUACAAGUGCUGGUGAUGCUAGCUGACCCGAACGCAGGGCUAGGUCUAUUUGCUAAUGACUCAACAGCUACAGCAGCAGAGACUGGUUACCACGGAGCAGCCGGAGGUCCCGGUGUUUGGGCUCUAGCAGUCAUUUUCCUAAUCAGCAUCAUCGCCACCGGCUCUUUCAUCCUCUACAAGUUCAAAAGUCCUUGGCUUAGGACUGAGGAUGCCUAUCCUCCGCUGUUUUUCAGGAAGCUUCCGGGCAGCCGCAACGUCUAUGCCCAGAUGCACAACGAGAAGGAGCAGGAGAUGACCAGCCCCGUCAAUCACAGCGAGGACACCCAGCACAUCAUCCAGGGCGAGGAGUUCAUCGACGACGACCUCGACUCGCAGACUCUAGGUAACGCAGGAGGCAACCAUUCAGGUGUGGUCCUGAGCAUCAACUCCAGAGAACUACACAGUUACCUAACCAGCUGAUGGCUGCCAUGACAACGCUAACACGCUAGCCUAGCCAAGCCUAGCCGGCUAACGAGCACAGGGACUCCACUUUGCCUUCCUCCUUCUCUCUCUCCUCUCCUUCUUUUCCUUCUAUUCAUCCUUGGACACUUCGCCUCCACUCCAUGGCCUCCUCAACCUUUCAGCUCCACCUCUGGGGAUUUUUUUUUUUUUUGUCCCACACCCCCCCCACUCUCUUCGUCCUGGGAUGGGAGGCACUAACUCUGCUUUACCAAGUAUAUUUUACACCACUGCAAAGCCCCCUUCCCCUCCUCAGCCCCGAACGAAGACCUGCACGGACACCCGGUGAGGAUGGAGAUCUCGAUGGCGUCGCACCGAGGACACUCACUCAUCUGUGUUUUGAAAAACAAAAUCUGUGUGUAUGUUGUCUUGUCACUUGUAGACACACAAAAUCAGCAAGCAUGACUCUCUGCACUGGUUGCCAGUAAUAUUCACAGUCAAAGCGGGUUGAACCAUCUCUGACCGAGAGGCCACAGCUACUGAGAGAAGGCGUAGGCCAAAGAUCGGUGUGCUAAGAUGAUUUCCAAGCACUAAGGGUAGCCAAGUCCAGUUAAAGAAAAAUGUAUUUUAGCUCUUCCCCCUCUUGUUUUAUUCGCUCUUUGUUUCUCACAAUUACGAGACACUCACUUAAAAGGCAAUAAUAUUCUCUUAAUGGAAUGUAGGAAUAUGAUAUACCCUUGUGGAUUUGCAUACAAAGAGUGUACACAUGCAAACACAAGAGGGCGGUGUUGCACUUUCUUGAGAUCCCCACUCACAGGUACUUGGAGAGCUCAUCUUCUGUGGAGUACACUGUCUGAUCGCACGGCUUUCUUUCAUCGGUCAGAGCCCCACGACAUCCGCACGCUUGUUUAUCACUCACACAUUUCCAGAAGUUUGCUGUGUGGUGUUUAAAAUCAGCACCACCUCCGUAGGAGCUCAUCGUCUGUCCCAUGGUGCCUAAAGCAGCAGAUGCUAGUCUGCUCACUGACAUUAACUGUUGAGUCGAGUUUAUUUAUUUCUAAUAAGAGUCUGCCCCUUCCUCUUCCUCUUCCUCUUCCCCCUCCUCCUCCUCCCUGUUCUCCUUCCCACACGUGCUGGGUCAGACUCGUUCCCCUGGAGACAUAUAAGUCGCUGUCAUGGUGGGAAGGUGUAGUUGAUAUAUUUUACUGUAUCAGCCUAUAUUAGGCAUAGCCCAUGGUGGAAUCAUGUCUCCUUAAAGGUUUGGUUUGUUGUAUGUAAAUGUGUAAAUAUGAACAAUCUCCACUUUGUACAUAUCCCCUUUGACAUGUGUGUGAGUGUUUUACACUACUACCAAAAUACACAGUAUUUUUCUUUUUUUUUUUCUUGACAGGCACUUCACUGAGUUUCCUGAAUUUGAAAUAUUUUCACUAUUUCCAGUCUCCUCGACACCAUUGCCUGCUCCACAUGUAUCCAUUUUUGAUAUUUUCAGUGUAAUCUCAUGAGUAAGAUAAUUUUAUGGUCUUCAUCGAUAACUGGAAAUAAUUUCACCGUCUUAUAAAGAUACGACUACACAGUGACGACUAUCUAUAUGGAUAUUUUUGAUACACUUGUUUUUCUGUCCUUUGUUUUGUUCCCAGUACGCGUGAACACUGGUGAGUGUUUCUGUUGCCUUUUGCUGAAGUCUUUUUGUUUGUUUGAUUGCACUAACGAUGUGAGCAGUGCUGUCGACACGUGCUGGGCAGCAGCUGAACAAAUCUACAGACUCUGAAUCAAAAAGUCUUUGGGUGAAAGGCCUUUACAGACUACCGAUGCUACUCCCAUUGCCACCAGGAUCACCCCUUUGGUUCGUCUCGUAUUUGACGCAGCGGAUCACAUUCACUUGUUCUGAUUUACACCUUAAUUCAUCUUUUGUACAUACUCUGCUCAUGUUCAUCUUGUUCUUAGUUUCCUAGUGAUGUGUCGUCAUUGUAUCAAUGUCCUCUUUAACGAAGGGGAAAGUGGGAAUUAUGAUAUUACAGUAUAAUAGUGAAGGAGUUUCACAGAUGAUGGCACCGACCAUGUAAUUUUGACCACGCUGUUUUUCUUUGAUUCUUUUCCUCUUCUCUGCUGUUUGUUUUUUGAUCUGUUGAUUUUGCAAUUAAAAACAAUUGUGUGUCCUCAUCAGGAAGCAUAGUGCACUCAACCUGCAUCCUGGAAUAAAUCACUCCCAUAACUUG